UAGAAAGAAAAAUUGUAAGUGGGCCUCAGAGUUUACUUUUAAAACUGGUGGUGGGGAGAAACGAAUCUCGAGUUCGACAGAAACAUUCAUCAGCUGUGCUGUUACUGUAGUAUACAGCUGUAUCAGAUUGUCUAACUUUGUGCCUCGAGUACACGUAGUCAGAUACAAUUAUUUAUUCAGCAAGAUGCGCCGAGGGCCAUACCAAAAAUAUUUAGACCGCUAUGGUAACUGUGUAAUACCUCGUUCAACAUACUAUAAAAAAAAGAAACAACAUAAUAUAACUAAAGAGAGCCCAGAAGUGGACUACUCUUCAGUCACAGCCGUAGGAAAUCCUUACUGUCACAGAUCGAAGUAUAAUUCGGACAAUAUUGAUAAUAGCCAAGAAUUGCAAGUUGUUGAAAUUAGUGAUGUAUAUUCGAGCAAUCAUAUCGAAAAUAGCGUGGACAAGAAAAAUUAUUCGAACUUGUGGCUCCACGAUGAAUUAGAUGACCAUAAAAACAUAACAUACUUAUGGUUUCACAAUGAGUAUAAUAAAGAAAUUGAGGAUAAUGAAGCUUGGUUUGACGCUGAAGACAUCUUGGAUGAACCUUUUCAUGAGCCUGCUUCAAAUGACCUGCAUGAUGAGAAACAAAGUCAUCGGAAUACUACUGAAGAAAGUUACAAUCAAACGCUAUGUAAAUGUACUUCAAUUACGAGAGGUGAAGCAUUACUAAUGACAUUACUGUUGGGAGCUCAGCAAUCAUUAACGUGGACAACUAUAACAUCAAUAUUGUCUCUAAUUAACACUUUGUUCGGUGAAAAUGUAGUUCCAGAAACAAAAUAUCAACUUUUUAAAACAUUACAACUUAAAGAUGAAAUGAUUUCCUAUCAUAUGUUUUGUACUAAUUGUUUGUUUUAUAUUUGUACUGAAAAGAAUUCAAACUCUGGAGACCUGAAGUGUGCGGCUUGUGGGAUUGAGAAUAAUAAAUCAAAUAUUUCAUUUUUUUUAACGUUGGACAUGGAAACACAACUCAAAACAAUUUUACAAGAUAGUGAAAUACAAAAUGCUUUAAACGACCGUUUUGAAGGAAGGAUGAAAAAAUUGGACGGUAAUGUAAUAAAAAACAUAACUGAUGGAGAAAUUUACAAGAAAUUGUCAGCUGCGAAUAAACCAUUAUCUAAUAAAUUUAAUUUAACAUAUACUUUCAAUACAGAUGGAUGCCAGGCGUCAAAAUCAAGUAAAAUUUCAACCUGGCCUAUAUAUGUCAUUAUAAAUGAAUUACCUGCUAAAUUGCAGAUGAAGCAUAUGGUUAUGUGUGGUUUAUGGAUAAAUGAGAAAGAACCGAAUAUGCAAUUAUUUUUAAAACCAUUCGUUGAUCAAGCGAAUAAAUUGUCAAAAGAUGGUUUUCAAUGGAAAUUAAGAAAUAGAAUAAUUGUUAGCAAAUUCAUUCCAGUCUGCGCUGUUGUUGACUCAGUUGCGAGAUGCAAGCUACUGAACAUGAAGAAGUUUAAUGGAUUAUACGGCUGUACAUUUUGCGAGCAUCCCACUGAAUUUGUUGAUGGAUAUAGAAAGUACACUAUGUCUACAACAAUUCCUCCGCAACGCACUGAUGCGUCAAUAAAGAACAAGAUGGAACUCACAGGUCGAAGUGAAUAUGGGAAAGAUGUUAUGGGAGUUUGGGGACCCUCACCACUGAUGAAUUUGAAAUAUUUUGACUUGGUUAAUGGUAUGUCUCCAGACUACAUGCACGCUUUUUUAUUGGGUGCAGUGAAACAGCACACAAAUAUACUGUUAACAUCUUUUGGUAAGGAGUAUUACGUGGGUAGUCCUAAUCAGCUAGAAAUUAUUAAUGAGAGAAUUAUGGAGUUUAAACACCCAACCUGCAUAACUCGGUCUCCAAGAAUAAUUACGGAGAGAGAAAUCUGGAAAGCUUCUGAAUGGCGAUCGUGGUUGCUUUUUUAUUCUCUCAUUUGUCUAGAGGGCUUACUACCGAAAAAAUAUUUGGAACAUCUAGCUAUGUUAGUAGAAGCAUUAAAUAUCAUGCUAUCAGAAAAUAUAAAAAAACAAGAACUGCAAGCUGCAGGGUUUUUUUUAAUUAAAUACGUGGUUUUAUAUCAAGAAUAUUUUGGUAAAAGUGCAAUGACGUAUAACAUUCAUUUACUUUUACACAUUGAAAAAAGUAUAUCAAAUCUAGGACCACUAUGGUGUCACAACGCAUUCUGUUUUGAAAAUGAGAAUCAUUUUAUCUUAAAAAUGGAAAAAAGUCCAUCGCAUGUUGAAAUUCAGGUAGCAAGAAGAUAUAUUUUUGAAAAAUCUUUGCCAUCAUUUGGUGAUACAAUAAAGAAAAGUGAUGGAUUUACAACUUUUGCGAGAAAACAUAACUGGACGAUUGAAAAAAACAUUUCAAGUAAAUGGUUGUACAUUAAUUGGUAA